CGGUGAUCAUAUCACUUCUCGUAGCGUUGAUCGGCUGAAGCUACAACCGUUAACAUCCGCCAUUGCUAUAUAACUCUAGAUGUCGCCUCAGAACCCAGCCUACCAUCCUCCCAAAGUCGACGCUCAUCACAUUACCAAAGCAUACCCGAGACUUCCCAUAACAGCAGCAACAUGAAGGAGGUUUUUGACGUUGCAGUGGUAGGUGCUGGGAUGGCGGGAAUACUCGCCGCCCGAGAUCUUAGUCAAAAAGGUCACUCUGUUGUCCUUCUCGAGGGUCGGGAUAGAGUCGGUGGACGAACUUUUACGGCCGAAGCCUUUGGAACUGAGCUCGAUCUGGGAGGCACCUAUGUGCACUGGACCCAUCCCACCAUUUGGCAUGAGCUACAACGGCAUGGUAUCCCAAUUUUCCCACCGUUGGAUUCAGAAAAGGUCUACUGGUUAGCCGAUGGCGAUGUCCACUCGGGCACAAUGAACGACUACUACGACGCCGUCAAUCCCCUCAUGUCACAGCUUGUGCACGAUGCCCGUUCUCAAUUUCCGAUGCCGUUCAAUGUCAGUGCUUCAGCGAGUGAUGUCGACCAGGAGUCCCUCGAGGACCGCAUUACCUCUUUGAACCUCUCUGCCUAUGAACGUGACGUGUUAGAGGGAGCCAUGGCAGGCUUGGUUCACUCGUAUCGAGAGCAGGGUGUUGCCCAGCUGCUGCAAGGCGUUUCUGGUACCUUCGGGGACUACAAUGGCUUCUUCGAGACUGCGAGCUUCUGGCACUUAGAAGGUGGUACCAAGCGUCUGGCAGACGCUGUGAUGUCCGAAUCGACUGCCACGCUACGGCUCCGAACACCCAUCCAAUCAAUUUCAGACAACGGCUCUUUCGUGACAGUAACCACACGUGCUGAUGAGGAUAUCCAUGCACGGUUUGUCAUUAGUGCGUUGCCAAUAAACACCCUGGGCGAUAUAACCAUCGAACCCGAGCUUCCUGCCCCGGUGCAAAGCUUGAUCGAUAGCAAGAACCCUGUCAUGGCCAGCAAGAUAUACGUACGGGCUAAGGGGACUGUUGAGCCGUUCAACGCUUUGGCUCCGGCUGGUAAACACCCGAUCAAUGCAGCUAGGGUCGAAGCGCGGUAUAAAGGUGACACCCUCAUCAUGUGCAUUUGCUCUGAUGCCACAGCAAUACAAGCGAAUGACCUCGAGGCAGUACAAGAGGCUUUGCGAAAGUUUGUUCCCGAUCUUGAGGUUGUCGAUACCGCUAGCCAUGACUGGGGUACCGACGAGUUUUCUCAGGGUGGCUGGGGGUGGUAUCGGCCUGGGAAGCUCACAGGAGCCGCCCCAUUGCUGCGACAACGCCAUGGUCGCAUUUUCUUCGCAGGAAGUGACAUUGCGUCACUUGGAGCUGGCUUUAUUGAAGGUGCUAUGCAGACAGGUGUAGUUGCGGCUCGCGAGGUUGCCACGGCAUUGGCCGAUGGAGUAUAG